AUGGCCAAUCACAAGUUACUAGUGGAUUGCGCUCUAUCACUCUGCAUGCUUUUGUUCGGUCGUUGGAUCUUUGUUGAAGCUGCCCCUCCAGGCUCUCUCAUCACACAACUCCCUGGUUUUGAAGGCAAUUUCCCCUCCAAGCACUACUCCGGAUAUAUAAGUAUUGAUGGAAACUAUGAGAGUGGGAAGAACCUUUUUUACUACUUUGUUAGUUCAGAAAGAAAUCCAAGGAAGGAUCCGGUUGUUCUAUGGCUGAAUGGUGGACCUGGGUGUUCCAGCUUCGAUGGCUUUGUUUAUGAGCAUGGACCAUUCAACUUUGAGGCUCCUAAAACAAAAGGGAAUCUUCCCACUUUGCAUACAAAUCCUUACAGCUGGUCAAAGGUUUCCAACAUUAUAUAUUUGGAUUCUCCGGCGGGUGUAGGUCUCUCUUACUCGAAGAACUCAAGCAAAUAUGUUACUGGUGACCUACAAACUGCGUCUGAUAACCAUGCUUUCCUCUUAAAGUGGUUUCAGCAAUUUCCGGAAUUCCUGGCUAAUCCAUUUUAUAUUUCUGGGGAGUCUUAUGCUGGAGUUUAUGUGCCCACUCUAGCUUUUGAAGUUGUCAAAGGAAUCCGGAGUGGUACAAAGCCCGUGAUCAAUUUUAAGGGUUACAUGGUUGGUAAUGGAGUCACGGACGAAAUAAUUGACGGCAAUGCUCUUAUCCCAUUUGUGCACGGGAUGGGUCUCAUAUCCGACAGUCUCUAUGAGGAGGUAGAAGCUUCUUGCAAAGGAAACUACUACAGUUACUCUGAGGAUGGUGAUGGUAUAUGCUAUAAGGACAUCGAAAAAGUUGAUAGGGCUAUUGAUGGGCUGAACGUGUACAAUAUACUAGAGCCAUGUUACCAUGACCCUGAUGCUGCAACGUCAGCCAAAGGAACUGCAAGCUUGCCACCUAGUUUCCAGCAAUUAGGGGUUACUGAGAGGCCUCUCAAAGUGAGGAAGAGGAUGUUUGGUAGAGCUUGGCCCUUUAGAGCACCAGUCAAAGAUGGCCUUGUUACAUUAUGGCCCCAAUUGGCUAAAACCGGACAUGUAAACUGUGUUAGUGAUGAAGUAGCAAGUUCAUGGCUAAACAAUGGUGAAGUGAGGAAAGCCAUUCAUGCUGAGAGGGAAAGUGUGGCGGGUUCGUGGGAAUUAUGCACCAUAAGGAUAGAGUAUGAUCACAAUGCUGGAAGCAUGAUUCCUUACCACAAGAAUCUAACCAUGAUGGGCUAUCGAGCAAUUAUUUUCAGUGGUGACCAUGAUAUGUGUGUGCCAUUUACUGGAAGUGAGGCUUGGACACGAUCUCUGGGAUAUAAGAUAAUGGAUGAAUGGAGGCCAUGGAGCUCUAAUAACCAAGUUGCUGGGUACUUACAAGGGUACGAGAACAACCUCAUCUUCCUCACAGUCAAGGGAGCUGGACACACCGUGCCGGAAUAUAAGCCACUGGAGGCACUGGAAUUUUACAGCCGUUGGUUGGAAGGAAAACCAAUAUAA